GUGUGUGUGUGUGUGUGUGCAUGUGUUGCUGUAGUGGCUCUACCCCCGGAGAAGACAGACAGCUGCUGCGUGGAGGAGAAGAUGCAGGAGCGGGACAGCCGGUCUCCCGCAGGGCCACAGAAGCAGCUCCAGUUUGAAGAAGUGGAGUGUGCCGUGUCUUUGGAGGAGGAUAACAGACAGGAGUGGACCUUUACCCUCUAUGAUUUUGACAACAACGGCAAAGUUACUCGAGAGGACAUCACCAGCCUGCUCCACACCAUUUACGAGGUCGUGGAUGCCUCCGUCAACCACUCCCCCGGCAACAGCAAGACGUUACGAGUCAAGCUCUCCGUCGCUCCAGACUCAAGCCAGCGGUGGAGGAGCUGCGCUCAGGGUGCGACAGACAUGUCCUACUCCAGAGAGAAAAAUGACAAGUUCAUUGAAGACCCCAAGAGUACAGACAAGAAGUCUCGGGCGCUCCUCAGGCGCCACCACAGUGACCACCACACCCAAUCUGGCUGCCAGCGCCACUGUGUGGAUGAGAACCUGGAGCGCAGGAACCACUACUUGGACCUGGCAGGCAUCGAAAACUACACGUCCCGUUUUGGAACCGCUCCUGCUGCAGAAGCAGUAAAGGUAGAGACGCAGACUCGCUCAUCCAACCAGGCCCGUUCUCGCUCACAUGAACCAGAAAACGGACAUGCCCACUCGCACCACCGCCGGCUGCAGACGGCUGUGGACACCGCUGCUGCAGAGGGACUUCAUCCCGCCCGGCCCAGAGCCCAGGACUCCGGUCGGCACGCUAUCCGCUCUCCGAAGACUCAUAGUCGCACCCCCCCUGCGCAGAACAGCGGCAGGGUGAUCAGGAGUCGAGGCGCCCCACCUCCCCCGGCUCUGCCCACCCAGACGCCCCCUCAUCAGUCCGCGGCCCCCUACCGCAAACACAAACAGCGAUCCAAGGAGAGCCAAGGCUACCGGGCCUUGGGCUCUCUUGGCUCUCCGGGACCUGUAGUGGAAAAAGAGCAGGUCAGGGACCUGCCAAGUGUGGUGCUGUAUGAGGGUGGUCUGGCACAAGUGGUGCAGCGGCAUGAACAUCACCAUCACCAUGAACACCAUCACCACUACCACCACUUUUACCAGUCCUGAAGCUCUGACUUGCCUGGGACGGCUCAGCGCCCCUGCAUGGACGCAAAGAACCAAUCCGGCCAGCAGACACUGACUGCAGCGAGCUGCACCUGGCAGCACAGGCACAGGACAUGAGGGCGGGGGCCGUUGUGUGCCAGUGCUGGAAUGUUAAGUAACCAGCGCUAUGAAAAUGUUGGUCAGACACACAGAAGCUUUUGGUAUGCAGUAGGACAGCGAGUCAGAGCUCAUGCUGAGCACUCAGAGUGGAAAUCGCGCCAAGACUCAGGAGGCUACACGAAGGUGCCCGGCUCAGAUGUUUCCAGCUUCUACCCACUGAACUGUACACCUUUAGACCAGCAUCCCAACACUCCCCAGACCACUACGUCAAAAGGAAGAGGGCGGACAAGACGAGGCCAUGUCUGAAAUACAAAAAUCUAUGAAGGAUCAUGGCUGACAGGCAAGUUGUGAAAAACGUGCGUCCAAAACAGAACGACUGUGCGCGCACAUCUGAGUGUCACGACACUGGUGUCUGUUGGAAAACCACUUGAAGGGCGCUCAGAAUUUAAAGCAAGCUCUUAACCAUGCAACACACUGUAGGCAUAAAGGGGAAGGAAAACUCUGAAACGGUCCUACCUCUUUUUUUUUUUUCCGUCUGAAUUGUUGUUCUGAUGGAAAUGUUAAGCAAGCAUUCGUUUUCAAAAUCACUUUUAAACUUUGUUGAACAAAGAUUAAACCUGUCAAAAUCUGCAGCUCUGAAGACUAGAAAUUCUUCUCUCAUUUAUCAACCAAUAUUUGCUGUACAUAAAGUAUUUAUACUGUCAUCAUGUAAGCUUGAUCCAUGUAUUCAUUGUGGAAACCAUUUUACUAUGACCACUAGGAACGUCAGAAGAACAUGCAAUUGACUCCUGCCUCUGAUUUUCCUUAAUUUCCUCUCUCUUUUAACACCCCCCCCCCCCCCAAUUUAAAAAAGUGAUAAUGUCUAUUACUCAAAUCCAAAAGUCAGGAUGUGGAAACAGACCCUACCCGUUCUGCAGAUUUAAUGUAAACUUGUUAUGUGGGAGGGGGAUGUUUUCAUCAGUCAAGAUGAAGUUUGGCCUAUGUGUCAUUUUCAUUUGUCUUUAUAUAGUUCUUAUAUACAUAAUAGUUUUUAUUCAGCAUACACAAUAUUGGCUUUUGACUGUCAGGUUAGUCCAUCCCACCGCCACCCAAAAAAAAAAAAAGAAAAAAGGCUGUGACCCAGGAUCUCCCAGCUGCUCCCUGUUUCCAUGCCAUCAGCCCGUCCGCCGGCUGUCAGCAGGUCUUUCACCGUGCUGCCAUGUGUCCUCAGUGCUCAGCUGACAAGGCUCUGUUUGUGAUGCCGCCGGGCGAUGGCUCUCAGCUGUCUCAUUCCUCUGGUGCCGAGGAACACUGGAGCCCGGCCUGUAGUCUCCACUGAACCCAUAACUCAUAUCUCACGACUGCUGCUCUGCCAGCAGCAGGUAUGUUUCGUCCUGUCCCCUGAAGGCCUAGCACAUAGACGCUGAAAGGAUCCCAGAGAAGCUGCUGCUGUAAGAGCGUUUUUACCUUCAUUUUUGCUCUUAUGGGCAAAAAACAACGUGCUGCUGCGACCUUACAAAAGUAUUCAGAGGCCUUCGUUAUUCUUUUCACAUUUUGUCAUGUUACAGUCACAAACUCAAGCAUGUAUUGGGAUAUGUGAGGGAUGAACACAUGGUUUGCAACGGGAAUGUGGAACAAAAGGGAUGGAUGGUGUUUAAAGUUUGCACAAAUAAAUGGAUGCGGUGUGCAUAUACUGUACAUUCACCAACAGAUUUGUUGGAUUUUGGUUUGGACUUUGACUGGGCCCUUCUUGCAUGCAAUGUUUUGAUAAAAAACAUUCCAGUGUAGCUCUGACUGCACAUUGUUAUCCUGCUGGAAAAUUAACCUGAAUCCCAGUCUCGAGCCUUUUCAUCAGUGUAUUUUCCCCCAGUAUUAUCCUGCAUUUACCCUGCGUCACUCUGGGUAUAGUGCAUUUGGGAUUGCAAAGUUGUUUUUUAUGUCCACACAGUGUUUUGAAUGUAAGCCAAAUAGUGUCAUUUUCUUCGACAAACUGCAAAUGGGACUGUCUCUAGCUUCCUUAAAGCUUAGUGUAAAGGCUCUCUACUCACCCCCUUCCAUAUAGAGUAGAUUAAUUAAGUGCACAACUAAAUAUUUGACUUUUAAAAGCAGAUGGUUUCAACAGAUUUUAGUCAAUGGUAUCCUUGUGUUUUCCCCUCAACGCCAGGUCAUUAUUGUAAAUAAGAAUUUGUUCUUAAUAAUUUACAAGGUUAGAAAAGUUAAAAGU